GCUUCACAAUCCACAUCCCUCACGGCUUCCUGAUCAUGCCAAGGGCUAAUAAGCAAUCAAGAUCGCUCUUUAGAUCUCUUCCAUACAACCUGAAGCAGUCGAUACGAUCAAAAGAAGGCGAUACUCUGACUGCAUUGGCUGGCGUGGGCGCUGAUGGACUUCUCCGGACUCAACCUGAUUCUUCCUCUGAAAAUGGAGACACAACGCUAGCAGAUGUCACGGUGAACAUUGAUUUCCACAAUGAGGAGAUCGGCUCUUCAUCCACACCUUUGAGGCUCGUACACACCUCAGGGGUAUCGUCAGGAACUCUUGAGUCGACCGUCAACUCUAGCAAGCGCAAACGCAAAUCUAGAGGCGCACAGGAUGAGAUACUUAACCAACACUUGGGUCAUCCCUGGGAUUGCACGGGCUUGGUCGACAGGUAUACGACUGCGUCUCAGGUGCCUGCAGAGCUGGUCAAGUAUUGGUAUCAGAGGCAGUUUCUCCUACCUCAGUACGAUUCACUGCCACUCCUACUCGACGACACCGGAUGGUUCAGUAUCACACCGCAACCGAUCGCUGCCCAUAUCGCAGAACGAUGUCAAUGCGAUGUGAUUGUAGAUGCUUUUUGUGGAGUUGGAGGCAAUGCCAUUGAAUUCGCAAAGACAUGCGAGCGAGUGAUCGCUAUCGACAACAAUCCUAUACGUUUACGACUUGCACGACACAAUGCGCUCCAUCUUGGUGUGGCUGAUCGGAUAGACUUCAUUUUGGGAGAUUUCGUAGAUUACGCCAGGUCAUGGCGAGCGCAAGGCGAGACCAUCGAUGUCGUCUUCCUGAGUCCUCCUUGGGGCGGGGUGGACUACCUCCAAUCAGGUCAAGAUACCGGAGUUGAUCCGUCCUACUCGCUGUCCAGUAUCCUACCCGUUCAUGGCAAGGAGCUCUUUGAUAUGUCUGCAAAGCUAUCACCAAACAUUGCCUACUAUCUUCCAAGAAGCACCGACAUUGCAGAGCUCUCACAGCUGGCUCCGGGACUUUCCUCAGUACAGCAAGGCAGAAAGAAGGAGUGGGUGGAGAUUGAAGAGGAGUGGGUUGGACAGAAACUAAAGGCGAUCACGGCGUACUUUGGCAGUCUGGUCGCAACAGAAUAAUGAGUCCCGAUUCAUGACUUUUACAACGAUAAAUGAUGAUGAUGAUGAAUAUCACAAAGUAUAAUGCAGA